AGGCUGGGGAUACAAAGAAUUUGUUUGCUUAGAUAAAAGAAUAGACUGGCCAUGCCGUGCUCGACUUGCAUACCGCCUCUGACGAAAGUGGCGAUCAGCAUCUGUCAAGUUCUUUCAAACGACUGACACUGAGGCUAAAUGCACCAACAGCCGAUAGCGCAGUGAAAGAGAGACUACUCAAGACAAAGUUCCGCGGUGUGUUCCAGUUCUCUGCCCUUUAAUACGAGUGACAGCGAAGACAACUUCCGGGUGGACACUUCCUAUGUUCUAGAAUGUUCCAUUACAGCCUAUAUAAAAGGAAAGUUCCCAUUGACUGAAGUAUUCAUCGUUUUGAUCUUUGAGUGAAAAGGUGUGAAGGUUUUAUUGGAUUUUAAAGAUGGUAAAGGAAAAGGUAAAAAAACACAAUGAAAAUGUGUUGGCCGCUCUUCGACCAGGAGACCUGGUAUCAUUCAAACGUAAGAUUUAUUCACAUUGGGGAGUGUAUGUUGGAAACGAAGAGGUGAUUCAUCUAAGAGGAAAUCACGAUUGCAAAGUCAGUGAGCAGAUUUUUUUAAAGCUUCUCGCCAGCAUGAUGGGGAAGAUUUUCAGCAAGGUUUCCAUCUGCAAGGAGAAAUUUAUGGACGUUGCUGGCGAGACAAAGCGAAGUGCAGGAACUACUUGGACAGAGAAGCUAAUACCUGUCGUUGGGGAAGAGCAGGUAGACGCGGCAGUUGACAGCCCCCGCCAUUCAAGCCUAUUUUGGGCGAUAGCUAUCAGGACUACCAGUCCAGUCUUCAGCAUAUCUGUUUGGAUCUGCAUUGGAGAGGAUGGCGACCAAGUACUUGAAAUAGCUUUCCUGUUCGAGCCAUACCCCGGGAAACAACUGCAGCCAAGGGAAUAUAGACCCAUUGCCUUGUCAUGCUAUGAUCCCGACGAGAUUGUGAGGAGGGCCGAAUCCAAGCUGGGGGAAAUGGGCUAUCAUGUAUGUGAGAAGAAUUGUGAGCAUUUCGCCACCUGGUGCCGCUACGGAGUAGCAUGGAGUGAUCAAGUGUCUCAGGGUUAUUGUUUUUGCACACUUGGGAUUUCUUUUAUUGUUUUUAUAUGUUUUAUUUUAACGAUAUAUUUCGCAAUAUAUUAUGGAUGGCCAUUAAUGGGGAAAUGGAUAUUCUAACUCCAGAGGGCACACUCUUGAAUACUUUUUACUGUUGAUUCUGAAGGGUGUUGGAGAAGAGUCUAAGGAAGCGAGAAAGCGCACCACCAUUUAAAUUGCUUGACAACAUUAGUGAGAGCUGUGACAGCUGUUUUCUGUAUAAACGUCAGGUCACAAGACAAAACCAAAAUGGCUGAAAGUUAUUUUUCUAAUCCUGUUGUCAAUUCGCUUCAUAUUAUAAUAAAA